CUGUUUUCCCACAUACACUGGCUCCCACUGUGAGUUUGUAUCAUGCUGGGAAACUGUUGUGGGUCAGUGCAUGCUUGUUUUAACUUGUAAAACAGACAGAGGGGUUAUUUGUAGUUAUGGCCAAACAUGUGGUGCUGUCAUCAGGGGCAAAAAUGUGGAGAUCUCUGGCUUGUGCCAAGUCAGAGCUGCGUCUGGAUCUCACUCUUGCUUGUGGACAAUCUUUCCGCUGGAGAGAAACUGCAGAAGGCCACUGGACUGGAGUGAUGGGAGGAAGAGUUUGGACUCUGACUCAGACAGAUGACACUCUCUGGUACCAUGUUUACCAAAGGUCAGACAGGCAGGGUGAGGCCAAGGACAGGAAGAGGAGGGCUGGUGUUCCUCUCCAGGUGGAAAACAAGUCAGAGAAGAGAUUCAAAGGAGCUUUGAAGGAGGAGGAGGAGCCGGUGGCUGUGACUCCAGUGCAGGAGGAAGAGGAGAUGCUGAGAGACUACUUCCAGCUGAAUGUGAGGCUGAUGGAUCUGUAUAAUGAAUGGGGAGCAGCAGACCUCCACUUUCAGCGCAUUGCAGACAUCUUCACAGGUGUGCGAAUGCUGCGUCAGGACCCCACUGAAUGUCUGUUUUCCUUCAUUUGCACCUCCAACAACCACAUCUCUCGUAUCCAUGGCAUGGUGGAGAGGCUGUGUCAGGCUCUGGGCGACCCGCUGUGCCAACUGGAUGAAACCUCUUACCACAACUUUCCUUCCCUGGCUGCGCUCGCAGACAACAGCGUAGAAGCUCGUCUCAAGGAUCUGGGUUUUGGAUACAGGGCUCGGUUCAUUCAGCAGAGCGCGGCUCAGAUUUUGGACACUCAUGGGCUCCAGUGGCUCGAAGGUCUACGCAGCAUCCCGUAUCUGCAGGCCCGAGAUGCUCUGCGUGAUCUCCCCGGCGUUGGCCCCAAGGUGGCCGACUGUGCAUGUCUGAUGUCCCUGGAUAAGACAGAGGCCGUGCCCAUUGACACACACGUGUGGCAGAUUGCUAAACGCGACUACAGCGACGCACCUGGCAACGGACAAAAGAGCAUCACAGAUAAACUUCACAGAGAUCUUGGGGGGUUUUUCAGAAAACUGUGGGGUUCUCAUGCUGGUUGGGCACAGACGGUGCUGUUCUGUGCUGACCUGAAGAAGUUCCAAAAACUGAAAGAGAGGCCACACCUGAAGCAGCCGAAGAAAGAGGAAGACGAUGAGGAAAAAGUGACGGUAGCACGAAAGAGCACAAAAAUUAAGACCGAAGGAAAUGGAACUGUGAAGAGCACGAAAACCAAGUCGGCACAUCACAAGAAAGCAAAGACGUCUGUCUAGAAAUGAGACGGUAAUGUGAGGUAAACAAGCUUCUUACAUCAGGACUCACAUCAGAUUACAACAACAACCAUAGCUUCACUUAAAGAAAUAUACAAACACGAUAAUAAUCACAUUUUUGUAAGAAGAUUCUCAGGGUUUAUGUUUAGACGUGUUUAUGUUGUUUAUUGUGACCUCUUCUAUGUCUACUUUUCUAUGAGUUCACUACUACAGUAAUAAUACAGCUCACUUUUAUAAUAAAGACAAAAUAAUGGGAUAUUAUUUGCAUAUGUGUUCGAAUAAUGUAACGAUUAAUAACAAGAAUAAAAAUAGUAUCUGUGGCUGACGUAGCACUGUAAUAAGCACACCUUUGGAACAUAUCUUUCAGCCAACUAACAUUUUUGUUGUGUGUUUGAUGUGUUUGUUGCAACAGUUGUUAUUUUAAGAAUUAUACAGAACUGAUAUUUUUAAAUGAACAUUUAAAGGAAGAGUUGGUAAUCCUCUUAAAAAGCAUUUUGAAGGGAUGGGUUUGUUUUUUGGUCAGUGUUGCCGACUUUCUUGCGAGAUUUAGUGACUUUUGGAGCAAGUGGUGUUAGCUACUUUCAGUGGAGAAGAGUUUGAUACACUGGGCUGGGUUUUUUCUGUUGUUUUCCUUCGCUUGGCCUUGGCCAAUCGUGAACGAGCUUGGUCAAAGGUACCGCCUACUAUAAGUAAGAGAGCCAAUCAGCAGUUGUGUUGACAUCAGUAGGGAGGGGUUAUCGGAAUCUGUGUAAUGUGUCAGAUUGUCAAGAAAACUAUCCCUGAUAAUUAUUAACAUGAAGUUAGGAUAAAAAUAAAUAAAUCUUAUUUGUAUUAUAUAUCAUUUAGUAGUAUUUAUUAUAUUAUCACAAGCUCCUAAACUUAAAUGCUUUUCUCCAAAUUUUGUCCAGUUUUGCAACAGUGUUAGGUCUUUGUUGUCCAACAUCAUCGCUGCUAGUGAAAAACAACUCAGGUAUUAUUAGUGUUGUAAGGUGUACAAUUUUGUUUUGUUUUUUUGAACAAUUUUACAUGUACAAUUUACAAAAUACAUUUACAAAUUGUCAUGAAGAGACAGCAAAAUACAUAUAUUCAAACUUACAUGCCAGGGGGAGAGAGGAAAGACAGAAACAAAAUAAUACAAAUAAAAAUAGAAAAACAUAAAUAAAUAAUAUUAAAAAAGAGGACACUAAGGCACAAAUCCUGAUUGUAUAAUUACAAACAUAUAUCGAAGGCAAUGCAUGACAUCCUUGUUUUUAUAGCUUUUUUGUUGGUACAGCAUUUAAUGGUUUUUAAAUAUAAU